AUGAUCUAUGAGAGGCAUGUUAGAUUACGUCACGUGAGGCAGACAGAUGGCGUUAUAGAUCAUGUUCAAGCAUUUUUUCGGAAGAAGCACUCCAGACGGGAGUUAUGUCGGCACGGAGGUAAAGUGAAAGGACAGGAAUGCUCGGGGUCCCGGAAAAAAGUUGAUCCAUCUGGCGCGGGGGCUGCUUCGCCUCUUGGUGCCGCACCCGACCCCAAGCCUAGGUUGCCCACACGGCCGACGGCCGCAUCGAAGCACUCCAGACGGGAGUUAUGUCGGCACGGAGGUAAAGUGAAAGGACAGGAAUGCUCGGGGUCCCGGAAAAAAGUUGAUCCAUCUGGCGCGGGGGCUGCUUCGCCUCUUGGUGCCGCACCCGACCCCAAGCCUAGGUUGCCCACACGGCCGACGGCCGCAUCGGUCUCCAGUGAUCCUCUCUUUCUGGAUUACUCUGGUGUUUUUGACAAGCUGACGGCCGUGCUGAAAUGUGUACCGGUGUACGACCAUAUCCCUAAGCCAUGCAGGAAAACUGACGGCUGGAAACCUGUCCUCGGCUGUUCACUUGUCUGUUUGCCGGAGGGCCUGGCGGAGAGCUCGCCGGCCACCUUCGAUAGAUUAUGUUCCUUCCACCCAAAAAUUCCGGUGGACAGGCGGGUCUUUCUCGCAUUGACACCAACGGCUGGUUGCGUUUCUCCCGCCGAGGUGCUGAGGGCCGUUAAAUCGUUCAAAAUCGGUUCUUCUGGAGGCCUGGAUGGCCUACCACCCCAGCACCUUAAGGAUGUUUUUUUAGGCCCCUUGCCAAUCGACGACACACUGAACUUCUUAAUCCAAUUCAUUAAUUUGAUCCUAUCUGGAGCUUGCCCACUCUCCCUCUCUGAGCUUAAAUUCGCCCUGGGUCGUGUUUCCUGUCUUUUGGCCCAUGCUGCCUUGACUAUUAUCCGCAAUGCCCUCAGUUUGCUCAAAUUGAUGUACUUCCUGCGUACAUCCAAACACAUUGACCCUUCUAAAUUGGGCGAAUUUGACGGAGCCCUGCGCACCACCCUGUCGUCGAUUUGCAAUGUUCAAGCGCCCGGACGGAUGCACACUAAUACCUUGGAGAGCCGGCAAAUGUUUGGCGUGGGAUGUUACGGUCCCUGGCACCCUCGCCGAACGAUACGUAAACCUGACAAGUAA